AUGAAAACAAUGGAGUUUAAAAAUUCGAUUGUAUAACAAAAUAAUAUACAUUCAAAUUAUGAGUUAUUGAAUUAAUUGGAAGCCAGGAAACUUAAAUAGAUAGUACCUUCUAAGAAGGAUUUUGAACAUAAUUUUUAAACGGAAGUUGUAAAAAAGUAAUAAGGCUAUGUGAUUACAGAAUUAAGAGCCUAAUUAGAUGCUAAAUUAUUAAAUAUUAUACAUUUGCAACUAUGCACGUUCCAUUACUUUGAAGUCCCUUUGGCAGGCCAUAAAAAGCCAUUAAUCAUUAGUAUUAAUUUGCAUUAAAAACAUAGAUUUUACAUUUACCAAUUAAGCUAAAAUGAAAUUUUAUAUUUCAAGACACACCUUAACACCAAAUAGAUUCAAUUUUGAGGAAGCAUUUCAAAGAAAAUAAGUCUUAAGAUAUACAGAGCCAGGAGAGGAUAACAUUUUUACUACUCCAUUUUUGUAUAUGGCUAUAUUUAGUUAACAAUAAUCUAUUAUUCAUGCCAAGAUUUAAUACGGAAUGAAAAUAUAGAAGUUAUAAAAGCAAGAUUAAGAAGAAAAAGAAAGGCCCAUGACUGCAUUUAUGUCAGGUAGAAUAAGUAGUGCUUUAUCUAGAAAAUAAUCAAAAGAUUUAAUACUGAUGAAUAUGAAUUUAAGACAAUAUGAACCUGAAACUCAAAAAAAGUAACUUUAAAUCAAAAGAGUUUAAUCAGCCAAAAGAUUUUAAGAAACUUUAGUUAAUAAAUAAAUUAUAGAUUAAGAUAAGCAAGAUCUAAUUAAAGAGAGAUAUGAGCAUUCUUAAAAAAAAAAGAUUAUUAAAGAUAUCUUGAAUGUUAGAGAUCAGAUAGAUUAAUCAAUUAAAGAAUAAUAAAAAAAUUGGCUAACCAAUCUCUAUUCUAUACUAAUUUGCAGACUUAUUCGAGUAAAAUAUAUAGUAAUUAUAUUAUCAUUAUUAUAGAAAAUGGCAAAUCAUAUGAUGAAUGAAGCCACAAUAAUCAGGAAAAAACAUAGAACAAGAUUAAAUUUAAAGUAAUACCUUACUAAACAUGGUGAAACAAUUUAAUAAAGGACCAAAUUUUAAACUUUACAAAGUCUUUGUGUUUUUGUUUAAGUCUAUCAAAAAACUGUAAAAACAAGAGCUGAAUUUAUUUGUUUUUCUUUUAUGAAAAGUUAUGGAUAAAUUGGAGAAAUAAUACAAAAAACUUAUAGAUUUCGAAGAUUAAUAAGAACUGUAAUUGAUUCAUACAGAAAUUAUAAAAAAAGAGUUGGAGCUUAUGUUUAAAGAAUAAUCAUGUUAUGGAAUAAAUAUUGGGGAGUUAUGUAUAAUUAGAUACAAAAGGAAGAUAUUGAAAGUAUAAAUAUUUAUUUAAAUUAUUUAGAGGUGAAGGAAAUCAAAAAACAAAUGAAUAAAACCAUCAUUAACUUUUAAGUGGAUGAGGAGGUUAAGAAAUCUCCAUAUUUGGAUGGGUAAAUAUUUAUUAAUAAUUAAAAGAAAAUUAUAAAUAGUAAUUGUUCAGAAUUAUUACAAAUAAUUAAAAGCUGAAUUUAUUACUAAGUUUAGGUCUGUUUAUAAAAAAGGAAAGUCUGGUGCGCGUGGAGCAUAUAUUGCUGCUUAAGGUUUUGAAGUGAAAGACUUAAAUUUAUUUAAAUGUGUUGAUAAAACUAUACUGAAAGAAUUAAUCUAUAAAUAUAUGCUCGAAAAAAGAAUGAUAUAAAGUGUUUUAUUAAAAAAAUGA